AUGAUAGGCAUCUGCGCACUUCUUCUAGCAGGGCUUAUCGCCAGCCUCCACGACCUCGUCACAGCUCACUUUCCAGAUGAUCGUCUGCCGCGAUGGGACUUUUGGCCGCCGCUUGCCGGUGGUGCACGGUUCACAGGUCGAUACCUGUCAUCGCAGCCCGGGGGCACCCACCUGAAACGCCAAAGUUUCAAGCAAGUGGAUCUCUUUCAACUCCAAAAAGACAACGCUAAAAUCAACGCAUUGCUGUACGGAAGUGUUCUGCUCGACCCAAUAUAUCCAAAGGAUCCAGCCACAGACGUAGCUGUUCAGACAGCACUACAAUCAGCUCUCAAAUUCAUCAAAAUGCAAGCCAACGUCCACGUGUCACCUGUAAUCAAAUUAGUAAAUGCCAUUGUAUACCCUUUAAAGAUAACAGGAGACGAUGGUCAGUCAGAAAUGACUAUUAUACAGAAAAGUCUUGGAGCGAAUGGUCAGAUGUAUCAUUUUAAGAGCCAUGUGACCUUCGGCUUUAAUUUUUACCUGACAAUGGAGGAUGCCGAGUUUAAUUUGAGGCACCAAGUGGUCGUGGCACUGGAUCGUGAAGCAGAACACAAUGUGUUUCAGCACACUUUUUCAGCGAUUAAUGAGAUGGCUGACCUCGAGACAGAGAAGGCUGUUGUGUGUGGCUUUAGUGGAAACGAAUGCUCUGUUGCUCUUUCAGGGCCGCGUAUCUUGUCAUACAAUGUGUGGAAUACAAAUCCGUCGUUUGACGUGUAUGGCCCUACGCGUCGUUGGAAUCAGUAUUUGAAGCGACUGGAUCAUCUCGUGGGGUUUAUCAAGAAUGCUCAAGCUGAUAUUAUUGGCUUUCAAGAAGUGCGCUACGACGGAGUUUUCGGAGAACCAGGCAAUCACGCGCAAGUAAAGCAUCUGGCUGACCGCCUUCCAGGAUAUCAAUACGUCUAUCAAGCAGCCAUGAGCUAUAUUAAUUCGAAUGUUCCGUACGAACGCAUUGAGGAGGGGCCUGCAAUUUUCUCCAAAUAUCCCGUCCUCAAAACAGAUUACUUGUUGCUUAGUCGCGACCCGAAUGAUCCAAACGACUCACACCAGCGAUUGUGCCUUCACGCAGUGGUUGACUAUCCUAGCUGGGGCAAAAUUGAUGUUUACGUGACACAUCUGUCGCUGAGCGAGCGGUCGAGAGAGCAAACUAUGGUUGAAAUUUGGGAGUUUAUGCGCCAAGGCAAAGGUAUGACACAGAUUUUGCUAGGUGAUUUAAAUGCAGAGCCCCAAUCUCGCGGCAUUCGAUUUCUUAGCGGAAAAUCAGAACUAUUUGGGCAAAUGACAGACAUGAAGGAUGCAUGGCUGGAGAAGCAUGUUGAGGCUGAGCCCCAGUCUUCAGACCUAGACGAUCGUAAGCACAAGUUCACGUUCCCCAGCGAUAGGCCGUCAAAACGCAUCGAUUUCGUGCUGUAUCGCGGUGAAGGACAGGUAGAAGAGUGUAAUAUUAUUGGCCAAAAGCCCACCGAGGACACAAAGGACUUUCCGAAUGAUGUCGGCAUGCUGCACGCGUCAAGCCCGAUAUAUGCAUCUGAUCAUCGAGGAGUCAUCGUUCAAUUUAAGUGA